AUGCUGCGCGCCAACGGCGGCAUCCUGGCGCCCGCGCUCUGGCGCCAGCUGUACGCCGGCGUCGUGGGUGCCUCCCUGCUGUCUGUCGCGGUGGGGGCGCUCUACUACUCAUCAUUCUGCGCCGCCAAGCGCCACCUGCUGCGGUGGACCGCCGACAACGAGCGGCGCGCGGCGGCGCGGGCGGCGGCGGCGGGCGCGGCGGACGCGCUGCCCUUGCCGGGGCUGGGUGCAGGCGGUGCUGCGGCGGCGCUGGCGGGGGAUCACCCGGCCCUCCACCACCACCCGGCCCACGGCCCACCUGUUGACUACCACCAUGACGCGGUUGUCGCCAUGGUGUGCUCGACAGAGGCAGCUGCGCGGCGCGCGGAGCAGGCUGCGGUGAAGAAGGCCGCCAGCCGCAAGGAGCGCAAGGAGCGGCGGCAGCGCGAGGCAGCAGUGGCUGGCGCCGGCGCUGAUCCAGGGCAGGCCUCGCUCCUGGCGGCCUCGGCGGCGGCCGAGUCGUCGGGUGCGGCCAGCGGCAGCGAGCGCGCCAGCGGCAGCGAGGUGGCGGAGGACGCCGUCAGCAGCGGCGGGCGGCUGCGCGCGAACAUGGCCGCGGCGACGGCGGCGGCGCUGGUGGGAGCUGUCGUGGAGGCGCCUGUCGAGCUGUUCAAGCACCAGCUGCAGGCCGGCCACAUCAGCGGCUCCAUCCUGGGCCACAUGGGCGCCGCCGUCAGGGCGGGCGGCCCCGCGGCGCUGUUUGUGUCGAUGCUGCCGUUCUGCAUGAAGUCGCUGCCCUUUGACUCGGUGGAGCUCCUCACGUACAGCAGCCUCUCGGACGCGCGCGAGGCGCUCGGCACGGCGCCCGCAGCGGGCGCCGGGGCCGACCCGGGGGCUGGCCUGGGGGAGCGGCUGGUCGCGGCGGCGCGCGCGGCGCGCGACCACCCCUGCCUGGACCUGGGCAUCGGCGCGGCGGCGGGCGCGGCGGCCGUGCUGAUCAGCCAGCCGAUGGACACGGUGAAGACCUGCAUCGAGACGGGCUCGCACCUGGCGGCCGCGCCUGGGGCCGCACCCGCGGGGUCGGGGCGGGCGUUUGUUGAGAUGGGGCGUCAGCUGGUGGCGAAGCACGGCCCUGGCGCCCUCUUUGCCGGCAUGAGCAUGCGGCUGGCGGAGCAGGUCCCCUCCACUGCGCUCUACUGGAUUGCAGUGGAGGGCACUCGGCGUGCGCUGGAGCCUUACGUUGCAAAGUAA